UUCGGUGAAUCGACGGUGAUGCAUUCAAGUCGAUUUCUUUUCCCUCGUAUCCUCAGCUUUUUCACGAUGCCGCUCCCGACACCUUUGAGCCCCGUUUCUCCCGUCUCACAAAUCCGGCCUGUUACCGUCCUCAGUCGCAUUGGCCAACCCACGAAGCUGGUUUCACCAAUAACGGACACGAAUUUGAGCGUGCUCGAGAAAUCGAAACAACUUGCUGCAUGGACUGCGGUUGACCAGCAUGUUAAACCAGAACACCGAGUGAUUGGGAUUGGCUCAGGCUCGACGGUACCCUACGUUGUUGAACGUAUCGUGCAACUUGGCGCGGAGGCAAACCAAGAACGCGUAUUUAUACCUACUGGCUUUCAAUCCAAGGAACUAAUCGUUUCUUCCGGCCUUAAUCUUGGCGACGUUGACCAAUUUCCGACGAUCGAUGUCACUCUCGAUGGCGCAGACGAGGUAGAUCGUGAGCUCAACUGUAUCAAGGGUGGUGGGGCUUGCCACCUUCGUGAGAAAGUGCUUGCAGAGGCCGCUAAUACCUUCAUUCUCGUCGCAGAUUAUCGGAAAAAUGUUGAGUUCCUCGGCACCAACUUUGCGUCAGGUAUACCAAUCGAGGUGGUACCCUUUGCGUAUGCAAAGGUGCUUCAAAACAUUCACCACCAUCUCGGCUGCCCGAAAGCAUCAUUGCGGAUGGCUGUGAAGAAAGCUGGGCCUGUGGUCACCGAUAAUGGCAACUUUGUCAUUGAUGCACCCUACGACCAAGAAACCAUGAAAACCCCGUAUACUAUAAUGGCUCAAAUCAAGAUGCUCACCGGUGUUGUGGAAGUGGGUGUCUUCUGCCACAUGGCCAAAGCCGCAUACUUUGGCAAUGCUGAUGGUACUGUGACUAUUAAAUGGAACGAUGGACGUGUUGAAGAGGUCGCCGCGGCUCAGACGUAG